CCGCCGCGCUCCUUCCUAACCUCCCCGCUUCCAACGCGGAAGGAGAGGGGAAGGAGGCGGGGCCUCCGAGCGCCGCCGCGCGCGCCUAUUGGCCCGAGCGGCGGGGGCCGGGCUCCCAUUGGCCCCGCGGCGAGCCCCCAUGGCCGCGGCUCGGCGGCUAUUUGUGGGCGCCGGCGGCGGGCGCGAGCGGAGCCGCGGGGUUGCCUCGUCCGACGGAAUGACUCAGUGGUACCAGCUACAGCAACUUGACUCCAAGUUCUUGGAGCAAGUUCACCAGCUAUAUGAUGACAGCUUUCCUAUGGAAAUCAGGCAGUACCUGGCACAGUGGCUGGAAAACCAGGAUUGGGAACAUGCAGCCAACAAUGUCUCUUUUGCUACGGUGCUGUUCCACGACCUGCUGUCACAGCUCGAUGAUCAGUUCAGUCGAUUUUUGAUAGAAAACAACUUUCUGCUGCAACACAACAUAAGGAAAAGCAAGCGUAACCUUCAGGAUAACUUCCAAGAAGACCCAAUACACAUGGCAAUGAUCAUCUACAACUGUUUGAAAGAAGAAAGGAAAAUACUGAACAGUGCCCAGUUAUCUAAUCAGAUGGAAGUGGGGAGCGUACAGAACACUGUGAUUGGGAUGCUGGACAAACAGAAGGAACUUGACACAAAAGUUAAAGCUGUAAAAAACAGUGUUAUAGAUGUGGAACAAGACAUCAAGACAUUAGAGGACGUGCAGGAUGAAUAUGACUUCAAAUGUAAAACCUUGCAGAAUAGAGAGCACGAGCCCAAUGGUGUGUCACAGGAGGAAUAUAAGAAAGAACAGAUGAAUCUCAAGAAGAUGUUCUUGUUACUUGACAUCAAGAGAAAGGAAGUGGUAAACAAGAUAAUACAGCUGUUGAACACCACAGAGCACACACAGAGUGCUCUUAUUAAUGAGGAGCUGGUGGAGUGGAAACACAGACAACAGACUGCAUGUAUUGGUGGCCCACCCAAUGCCUGCCUUGACCAGCUACAGAACUGGUUCACCAUUGUUGCUGAAAGCCUGCAGCAAGUUCGUCAGCAGCUCAAAAAGCUUGAGGAACUGGAGCAGAAGCUUACUUAUGACCCCGAUCCCAUCACAAAAAACAAGCAAGUUCUGCAGGACCGAACACACAGUCUUUUCAAACAGCUUAUCCAGAGCUCCUUUGUGGUAGAGAGACAACCUUGCAUGCCAACCCACCCUCAGAGGCCAUUAGUCCUUAAGACAGGCGUACAGUUCACUGUGAAGCUCAGAUUGCUGGUGAAAUUGCAGGAACUGAACUACAACCUGAAAGUGAAAGUUUUGUUUGAUAAAGAUGUAAGCGAAAAGAACUCAGUCAAAGGGUUCAGGAAAUUUAAUAUUCUGGGAACAAACACAAAAGUAAUGAACAUGGAAGAAUCUACUAACGGAAGUCUAGCAGCAGAGUUCAGGCAUUUGCAACUGAAAGAACAGAAAAACGCAGGAAGCAGAACAAAUGAGGGUCCUCUCAUCGUAACAGAAGAACUUCACUCCCUGAGUUUUGAGACACAGCUGUGCCAGCCUGGCUUAGUAAUAGACCUUGAGACCACGUCCCUUCCCAUUGUUGUGAUCUCAAACGUGAGCCAGCUUCCAAGCGGAUGGGCUUCUAUCUUAUGGUUCAACAUGCUGUCUACUGACCCCAAGAACUUGUCCUUCUUUCUGAAUCCACCUUAUGCAAAGUGGUCUAAACUUUCUGAAGUUCUGAGCUGGCAGUUUUCUUCUGUGACAAAGAGAGGCCUUAAUGCAGAUCAAUUGAGCAUGCUGGGAGAGAAGCUACUUGGGCCAACAAGUGGAGGAGCUCAUGAUGGUCUUAUUCCUUGGACAAGAUUCUGCAAGGAAAAUAUAAAUGACAAAAAUUUCCCUUUUUGGCUGUGGAUUGAGGGGAUUCUGGAGCUUAUUAAGAAACAUCUCCUGUGUCUCUGGAAUGAUGGCUGCAUCAUGGGAUUCAUCAGUAAAGAGAAAGAACGCGCUCUGUUGAAGGACCAAAGUCCAGGAACAUUCUUACUAAGGUUCAGUGAAAGCAGCAGAGAGGGAGCAAUCACAUUUACUUGGGUAGAAGGAUCUCAAAACGAGCCCCAGUUCCAUUCAGUAGAACCGUACACCAAGAAGGAGCUCUCUGCUGUUACCUUCCCUGAUAUCAUCCGCAACUACAAAGUGAUGGCAGCUGAGAACAUUCCUGAAAAUCCACUGAGAUUUCUGUACCCAGAUAUUCCCAAAGACAAUGCCUUUGGCAAGUACUACUCCAGGCCUAAGGAGGCCCCAGAGCCUAUGGAUUUGGACGGUCCCAAGGGAAACGGCUACAUCAAGACUGAGUUAAUCUCUGUUUCUGAAGUCCACCCUUCUAGGCUCCAGUCUCCAGAAAAUCUGCUGCCCAUGUCUCCUGAAGAGUUCGAUGAGGUGUCUCGGAUGGUGGGUCCGGCGGAGAUUGACACUGUGGUACACAUCAUAAACCAGCCUUUUGGGGGAAGAUUUAGCUAAACUUGCAUUCCUCCCCUCACUCCUCUCCUCCCCAUUCAAAAAUACAUCAGCCAGUUGACACAAGCUACCACUUCCAAAUGCUUCUCUUCAAAUAUGUGAAGAGAAACUGGGAACUGAGAGUUAAACUUGGUUGCUCUAAGUUGAUGUUUGCACUUUUCGGUGGGGAUAGUAGUGAGGAACAGUAAAGCAAAGCUUCCAAAACGUUUCCCCUUCCCCUUACAGGCGGGAGGAAGGAAUAAUAAUGUUGUAGUCCUUCAUGUGGCGAUGGGGGUAGGGAGGGAAGCUGGAGUAGGCACACAGCUUUGAAGCACUGCUGUACCUUUAAGGUAGUGCCUGUUAACAGACCUGUAUUAUCUUUUUAUUAUACUAAAGGGAAAAAAAAAAUAAAGCUAAAUUAAGGGAUGACUUUCCCACACACACCCACCCCACAGCAGUUUGAGCACCAGAUUCACACCUUAGUAUAUUUGGGGAAGACCUCACUGUGCUCCAUGGUCAGCAAAGGCUGUAGAGCACUGGGGCUUUACUUAGCUUGUAUAAUUGACAUGUACUUUCCUUGUUGCAGAUGUGUUCAGCAUAUUCAACUUAAAGGUUGAGCUUUUGACUGCAUCAUUAACCAGCUGAUUAGCUUAUGCAUCCUGCUCUACAGUCAAUGACUUGGUGACAAGCUUCACUCCAAUUCUUUGGGAAGGCCCUAGGUAAUUAAAAGCAUACAUUUCUCAACCUGAAGGUCCACAGUAGCAAUUUUUAACUAGUGGGAAUAUAAGCAGCAGUCUGAGUAGGCUCCAUAUACGCACAAGUUUUGUUUAAAGUUUCAUUAAAGAAUAUCCCAUUGACAGCAUACUGUGCCAGGGCAAAGGAAGAGAGAAGGAUAAGAAAGAGGGGUCCUCACAAGAGUGAGGGGGAGAAACGUGCCUUUAAGUGAAUUUGGUAAAUGUAACAUUUAAAGUACUUUGCUGUACAUGAAAGGAUGUCAGAGGAAAGCUAGUUCUUCUGCAGAGGCUCUUUGUUCAGAAAGCUUGCACCUUCUGCUUCUGAAGAACUUUGACAGCUUUGAAUCUUUUUCUGCAUCACAGAAAGGGGAGGAGAGAAACAUGCUGCAGGUAUAUAUGCCACACUGAACCUGUGUGCUACUGAACUUUGGCCUAGGUUUCUUUUAUAAAAGUAUGGCAUACUGCUCUGCAGGAAAACAUAAGCCAAAAAAAUGUUAUCCACGUUUCAUUUUUGCUUGUUUCUUAAGGCAGAGUCUUCUUGGGUAGGAUGUUUUGCACAAUCUUUCACAUAAAGAGCACUUAUGAAAACACCUUGAAGCUGUAUCGGCACAUGCUGAGCUUGUAGCUCAAUGUAUAACAAUCAAGACUAAAGCUUUACAGAUUGCAGUCAUACUGUUUGGCAGCACUAUCAGACAAAACAAGAACCUACUCUGAGAGUAAAAAAUGGGUUUGUUUUUACUCACUGUGCUUAAUUAACCACAGUGAGGAUCCGGUCAGUGGUAGCUUUUACAGUAAAACACGCCAGGUGGAAUAGAACUUAAUUUUCUCAUGUACUAUGAAACAGGGCAUUUAAUUGCUGAAUAGCUAGAAGACUCAACAAACUUUGAUAAUUGAUUUUGCAAUUAGGGAGAGGGCACACGAAAGUGAAAAGCUAUAUUGAGUGAUAGCAGCAGGAUAUGCUAUCUUUAGUACCUAAGGCAUAAAAUUGUGCUUCUGUCAGAGGAGGAACAGAUUUGUUUUUCAGCACGUUUGAAGAUAAUUAACAACUCAGUUAAGAUGCAAGGUUGUCUUAAAGCAGUGCAUCCCUUAGACUAAGGGCAUGUAUUAGUCCAGACUGCUAAUUUGCUUGCAGCCACUCAGAAGGACUCCAGAACAUGAAUGCUGGAUCCCCCAUGUUCAGGUAGAGUUGCUAGUGUAGCUUCUGACCCUACUGCUAUCCCUUCCCAGUGCCUGGGAGGACAGCAUUGGCCAACAUGGCUCAGGAACUGCAGAGCUGCUUUGCAACCAUUCAGAUAUGCUGAAUUGAUCGGCUGCUUCUUUGAAAAUAAUUAAUUAGUUCAGUUUAGUGUAUUCUGCCCAGGAAGACCACCAUGCCCCUGCAAAAGCUCAAGGGAAAGAAAAUUUGAAGGGCCUACAGCAAAGUAUGUACUUAAAUGGAAAGUAUUGUUAAACUGUCUUAUUUUUGGUACCCUAGGUUACUGAGGCUAACAGAAUAUCACAACUGGUGACCUAAUGCUUUAGUCUUUGCAUGAAUAGCUGAAUGUGAGCCUUUAUUGUAAUGUAGGAUCAGACAUUUUUUUUUCCCUGGAGCUACACCUUGUACCGAUGUUCUAUAUGCAACAGUCUAUUUUCAUUACUUUUAAACUUCAGUUUUUAUCAACCAGGAUGAAAUUUUCUUGUGAGACUUAAAACAACAGCCUUACUCAUAACUGUGUCUUUACAUGGCCAGUAGUCCCAAAAUCGUUUUUUUUCCAAUGGAAUAUUAUUUUGUCAUUUUAAAUAAAUGGAAGUGUCCUUC